AUGCCUACCAUGUCGUACCAGAACCCCCGCCAGAUGGGGACUAAGAGAUUGCAACGCUACAAGAUGCAGACUAUGCUUUGCCUACCCCCGCCUCCAGCAUGGAGGACAACAGCAAAGAAACCAUCAUAUGACGCCUCGCCAUCCCUCACCUCAUCCUCUGAGGUCGACAAUGCCAUCGCCCUGCCUGCCCAUAAGGUCGAGGAUGCGACAAACGAGGAAGGCGUCCCCGUCCCGACCAAGAACCUCCCGCCGCCGCCACCCGUCACGCUCCAGGCCACCUCGUGCAAGCAUUACUACCCAGUCGCGCAUAACAGCCGCGCUCACCGGGCCUACACGUACAAAGGAUACGACGCGCCGCUCUGUCCGCACUGCGCCAUCGCCGCCCCGUCCACCACUACCGAGCCCACCAGCGGCGGCGACGAAGAGCAAGAGAGAAAGGAAAGAGCAAAAGGCUCGACAACGAUAACCGCGACCCGCUGCGGCCACCCCAUCACCGUGCGCCGCCGCACCGCUGCCAUCAUCGCUGCCAACCCGCUGACCUUCCGAUCUCCGCCCACCCGCUAUCCCGAUCAUAACAACAAUAACGAUAAAAACGAUAAAAAUAAUGAUAACAACGGAAGAGAGGGAGACGAGAAGGAAGGACGCUCCCCCAACGCAAACGAUAUAGACACUUGCUGCAGUAGCAAAACCAACGACACACAGCACAAAGUCCCCAUGGAGCCCUGGCCCGGCUUCACCCGCUCUUCUUCUUCUUCUUCUUCUUCUUCUUCUUCUUCUUCUUCUUCGCCCUCCGCCUGCGGCCGCGCACAACACCAACAACAGCACUGGCAGCAACGCAAGCCCAUCCGCGCGGACCUCAACGCCGAGCGCUGCGUCCGGUGCGUGGAGGUGGAAUACGCCCGCUCGCGACAGGAGCUGCAGCGCGCGCGCGUCGAGGUCGACAAGGCGUAUCAGGAGAACGAGGACCUGUCGUCGUCGUUGUCGUCGUCGUCGUCGUUGGGGGGCAUGAUGGCGAGGGCCUUGAGAGACGACGAGGGCGAGAAUAGAGCGAGUUCGCUGCUGGGAUGUUGGAGAAGGAGGUGCGUGGAGUUGAGGUGCGGGUUGGAGGUUUUGGUUAGGGAAAGGGAGAGGGCGGAGGAGGAGGAGAGGGAGGAGAGGGAGGAGAAGGAGAAGGUGGUGUGGAAGGUGGUGGUGGAUGAGGAUGUGGAUAUUAAGGGAGGGGCUGCUGCGAGGGCAAGGGUGGAUGAGGGCGUGGGGUUGGGGAUGAGGAGGGGGAGUUUGGGGAGUUUACGGAGUGUGAAGAGUUUGAAGAGUUUGUCGAGGUCGAUGAGUUGGGGGAAGAGGAAGGCGGAGAAGCAUGGUAGAGAUGGUGGUGGUGGUGGUGGUGGUGCUACAGCUGCAUUGCGGCCGGCAUUGAAGAUGUCGUCGAUGGAGGGUGGUGGCGGCAACGCGGAAGGGGAGGAGAAAAAGAAGAAGAAGGCGGCAACUGUCCGCUUCGACCCGAAAUCGACGGACUUUGAUAUGCGCCCACGAGAUGUUUCGCGGUUCGAGAGACAGAACCCGUGUUAUCGGCCGGGAAAGUGGGCCAUUGAUGGGCUGCUGCUGGACACAAGUGGCUGGAACUUGGUGACGGAGAAGGAGAUAAGGGAUUGGCAUUUUCCAACGCGGUAUUUUGGCAACCCGGAGGAGGAGGGCGAGAGAACACGCGAAGCCGCCAAGUGGUUCAGAGGGAAAAAGCAAAGGUCGUGGUGGCUUUGGUGA